AUGCGAGUGCAAUGGUUCGGUCUGAUGGCCUUGAUGAUGGGACAAAUACAUGCCCAGCAACUUUCAGGGACACAGAUGUUUGUCGACUACCCAGGUCUCAGUGACACCUGCAAAAAGGCCUUGGCUACCGAUGUCACUUGUCCACCGGCUCUGGCUAUAUGGGCCCUUGGGAAUCCUCUCCUGAGUGAAGAUGAAGUGGAUGAACUUUGUGUGGCAGAUUGCCAGAAUUCAUUGAAAACUGCCCGGGCUGUGAUUGCUGCCGCUUGUACAUCGGAUACAGAUGUGAUUGUGGUUGAAAAUGUCGCUUACCCAGGUGAGGAAAGGCCCAUGAGUCUCCACGAAUCUGGAACGUUUUGUGAACCGCAGUUCUUCUCGUGGGUCAACGGCACAUCGAUCAUGAAUGCUACAAGCCGGUGCUCUGAUUGCUGGCUUGGGGUCCUGGCUUUGCAGCUUAGCAACCCCUUAGGCUAUGAUGCAGGUCUAGAGUCUAACUUUCAAGCAUUGACCUCUAGUUGCAACGCAACUGGUUAUAGCUAUACUACGCCAACAGCCUACGCACUGAACAAGACAACCACCGCAAUUUCGACUUCCGCGACACCCACGAGUACUGCAAUGCAAAACUGUGUGGGAUCGUAUACAGUGCAAUCUGGCGAUGACUGCAACUCCGUGGCCAAAGCGCACAAUGUGUCUACGUACGCUCUUAUAGAGGCAAACAAUUUGGACCUUUAUUGUGAGAGUUUUGCCAAUGCUGUAAACCGUACUCUUUGCAUUCCACCGCAAUGUGAGAUCUACACUUGGAAGGCAUAUGACACCUGCAACGAUGUUGUCGCUAGAUAUGGUGACAUCACUCUGCCACAGUUCUUGGCCUGGAACCCAAAUUUCAAUUCCCUCUGCGGGAACUCUGUUCUUUUCCAUGGGUAUGAGGUCUGCAUUAGGUAUGACCGAUCUCUCUUCUCUCUGGAGGGUGCUUUCAGUCCUCCAGGAGGUUACCUCAACCACACAGCAGAUUCCACUCCAACAGUGACCUCUGGCGCUGGAAGUACAGGGGUUAUGCCGGCCCCAACCAAUGCGUUGGAGGGGAGUAACAGAAAUUGUAGCCAGUGGUAUACGGUAGUGGAGGGAGAUGCGUGUAACAGCGUGACAAUUGCACAGGCCAUUUCGUUGGCUGAUUUCUACUUUCUCAAUCCUGAGAUCGAUGCAAACUGCUCCAACCUAGAGCUCGGCGCGGCAUAUUGUGUUAAACCUGUGGGAUCUAUCACAUCGUAUCCCAACUACACAAUAUCUGGAGUAUUACCUAUCAGGGUGACUCCGGUCAGUCUUCCAUCUGUCAACACCGCUAUUCCGACAAGUACUAGAGAUCCUGGGUUUGUAUACAACACUGAUCCCGUCCUUCCAACUGCCCCGGGGACUAUUCCAGAUUGUUACAUGUAUGAAGAUGCUUCGAAUUGGACCAAGCCAUGCCGUUUCCUUGCUUGGUCAUAUGGCAUCACAACUGACGAAUUUUUUGCCUGGAACCCGAGCCUUGAACGGAACGUCAGCACCUGCGUUCUUGAUCAGUCUCACAGCUACUGUGUUCUACAGUACCAGAACAGCUCGCAUGAAUACAGUUGCAGUACUUUUAUGGAUGACUACAACAUUACCAAGGCGGAACUCCUUGCAUUCAAUCCAUGGCUUACAGGGGACUGCGACACGGCCCUUUUCGCCAACCUUGACGAGACUGCUACACGUGCAGUCUGCAUUGGGACAAAAACCGCUGCCGCAACUCUUGCCCCGAGUACCACCGUGACAGGAUCCGCCAGUCGCACCACUAUCUCAACGGAGGGAACACAAACUGGCGUUGUUGCAGGGUGUCGCAAGUUUCACACGGUCCAGAAAGGCGAUGAUUGCCCCUCUAUCGAGAGCGACUAUGACAUCACUUUUGCUGAGUUCUACGCUUGGAACCCCUCUGUUGGAAGUACAUGUACUAACCUCUGGUUGGGAUGGGCCUAUUGUGUGGAGGGCCCGUACUCUUCGACCACGGCUACGGCUACUAUUGCGCCCACUCAAACCGGGAUUGCUUCCAACUGCAAGGAGCAUUACAAUGUUGUCGCAGGUGAUUCUUGUGCAAAGAUUGAGACAGCCUAUGGCAUUACAUUUGAACAGUUGUACAAGUGGAACCCAGCCAUCGGAGACGAUUGUCAGACACUUGAAGUCGGUACUGCUGUUUGCGUUGGUGUAUCCUCCUGA